UAUAUAUAAAAGUGAGCUGCAUCUCCACGGGUUCAGUCUCAGAGCACCAGCUGGUGAGCAAUGCAAGGAGCAGCCUUGUAACUAACUUGCAUCAUCUUCAGCAUGAAGAUAGCCACAGUGCCAUUGCUUCUGAUCCUGGCUCUUUGCCUCAUACAAGAUGCUGCCAGUGAAGGUGAAAAUCAGGAAACAUGCAGCGAAUAUCGGGCACUGAUGAAAAAUGGAAAGUUGUUCUGUUCCCAAGAUAAAACACUUUUUCAAAGCCCCGAGGGAAUGGUGUUCAUCAACAGAUGUGCCACGUGCAAAAUGAUCUUGGAAAAAGAAGCCAAAUCCCAGAGGAGGGCCAGGCAUUUAGCAGGAGCCCCCAGGGCCACUGUCCCCGCAAAGGAUAUGUGCAGUGCUUUUCGGCCUUACGUAAAGGAUGGAAGACUUGGGUGCACGCGGGAAAAUGACCCAGUGCUCGGUCCUGAUGGAAGGACACAUGGCAAUAAAUGUGCAAUGUGUGCGGAGCUGUUCUUGAAAGAAGCUGAAGAAAAUGCCAAGCGAGAAAGUGAAGCCAGAAUUCGCCGCAGUGCUGAAAAGGAUCUUUGCAAGGAGUAUGAAAGCCAAGCGAGGAAUGGAAGACUUUAUUGUACCCGGGAGAGCGACCCAGUUCGUGGCCCUGACGGCAGGAUGCAUGGCAACAAAUGUGCCCUGUGUGCUGAAAUUUUCAAACGGAAUUCUUCAGAAGGAAAAAAUAAAGCAGAUGAAAACCGGAGAAAGGCUAAAGAAAAAGUUAAAGUUAAAAGAGAAACUGAGAAACUCUGCAGUGAGUAUCAUGAUCAUGCAAAGAAUGGAGCACUCUUCUGUACCAGAGAAAAUGACCCCAUCCGUGGUCCAGACGGGAAGAUGUAUGGCAACUUAUGUUCCAUGUGCCAAGCCUUCUACCAAGCAGAAGCUGAAGAAAAGAAAAAGACCGAAGCAAAAGCAAGAAGUAAAAGAGAAUCGGAAAAAGCACCUUCAUAUGCAGAGCUGUGCAAUGAAUACCGCAAGCUUGUGAGAAAUGGCAAACUCCCUUGCACCAGGGAGAACGACCCCAUCCAGGGCCCGGAUGGGAAAAUGCACGGCAACACCUGCUCCAUGUGUGCAGCCUUCUUCCAAGCAGAAGAAAAGGAAAAGAAAAAGAAGGAAGGUGAAUCAAGAAAUAAAAGACAAUCUGGGAAUACAUCUUCCUUUGAGGAGCUGUGCAGGGAAUAUCGCAAAGCCAGGAAGAAUGGACAGCUUCUCUGCACGAGAGAGAACGACCUCCAGGGCCCGGAUGGGAAGAUGCAUGGCAACACCUGCUCCAUGUGCGAGGCUUUCUUUCAACAAGAAGAAAGAGCAAGAGCAAAGCCUAAAAGAGAAGCUGCAGAGGAUCCCUGCAGUGAAUUUCGGAGCCAGCUGCAGAAGGGGAUGCUCAUAUGCACCAGAGAGAACGACCCUGUCCGUGGCCCCGACGGCAAAAUGCACGGGAACAAGUGCGCCAUGUGUGCCAGCCUGUUCAAACUUGAAGAAGAAGAGAAGAAAAAGAAUGGCAAGGAAGCAAAGGAGAAAACUGAGACUGAGAAAGUUAAGAGAGAAGCAGUAGAGGAGCUGUGCCGUGAAUACCGUAACUACAUGAGGAAUGGACGCCUUCCUUGCACCCGAGAGAAUGACCCCAUCGAGGGCCCCGAUGGGAAAAUCCAUGGCAACACCUGCUCCAUGUGUGAGCCUUCUUGUGACCAGCGAGAAGCAAAAGAAAAAGAAGCCGAAUCCAGAACAAAAGCCAAGAGAGAAGCUGAAAAGGAUGAAUGCAGUGAAUUCCGGAGCCUUCUACAAAAUGGGAAUCUUUUCUGCACCCGAGAAAAUGAUCCUGUGCGUGGCCCAGACGGCAAGACCCACGGCAACAAGUGCGCCAUGUGCAAGGAAGUCUUCCAGAAAGAAGAUGAAGAAAGAAAGAGAAAAGAAGGGGAAGAUCAGAGAAAUGCUGCAGGCCGGGGUCCUAGUGAUGGCGGAGGAGAGAAAGCUCAGGACCAAUGUGCCGAGUAUAAGGAAAAAAUGAAAAAUGGAAAACUCAGCUGUACCCGAGAGAGGGAUCCUGUGCGAGACGCUGACGGCAAAUUGUUCAACAAUAAGUGCAUCAUGUGUAAGGAGAAACUGCAAAAAGAAGCUGAGGGAAAAAAUAAGCAUUCCACCUACAGAUCAAAUGGGACUGAAUCAGCAUCAAGAAAGGAUGUAUGUGACGAGUUUAGAAGUCAAAUGAAAAAUGGGCAACUUAUUUGCACCCGAGAAAGCGACCCUGUCCGAGGUCCAGACGGCAAGACACAUGGAAAUAAGUGUGCUAUGUGUAAGGAGAAACUGGAAAGGGAAGCUGCUGAAAAAAAGAAAGAAGAGGGUGACAGGAGAAACACAAACAAAAAUAAUGAUGCAAAACAGGAUCAGUGUCAUGAAUUCCGGAACAUGGUGAAAGACGGAAAGCUUAUCUGCACCAGAGAAAACAACCCUGUUCGAGGUCCAGAUGGCAAGAUGCACAUCAACAAGUGUGCCAUGUGUCAGAGCAUCUUUGAGCGAGAAGCUAGUGAAAGAAAAAAGAAUGAAGAAGAAAAAUCGGGCACCAAGCUGCCAAAGGAUGCAAAGGACCAGUGCAGCGAAGUUCGGGGUGAAGCGGAGGAUGGAAAGGUUAGACAGUCUGGGUGUUCCUUGGCCUCCACGGCCAGGAUAAGGGCAGAUGAGUGCAGCAACUUUCGGGAGUACGUGAGGAAUAAGGAGCUCAUGUGCACCCAAGAGAAUGACCCCGUGCGUGGUGCUGAUGGAAAGUUAUAUCUAAACAAGUGCUCCAUGUGCAGAACUGUCUUUCAAAAAGAAGCUUUGGAAAGGACAAAAAUGCAAAAACAGCCGCACUCCAUUAGCUCUUCUGAAGAAGAAGAAGGCCCAGAUUCCUCCAUUUCUUCUCUGGAUUCUGAGAUGUGCAAACACUACCGCGUAUUGCCCAAAAUGGGUUACCUUUGCCCAAAGAAUUUACAGCCUGUCUGUGGUGAUGAUGGCCGAACAUACAAUAACCCCUGCAUGCUCUGUCAUGAAAAUCUAAUACACCAAACUAAUACACACAUACGCAGUAAGGGGAAGUGUAAGGAGACCAGCAUCCCAGAAAAAACCCCUCUCAGCCUGCCAGCCUCUGUCAAAUGAUGCAAGAGCCGGUGAAAGCCAUGAAGAAAAUACGUACUGCAAUUCUGAAUCGCCUACCUUUACUAUCUGUAUACACACAGCAUUCUCCAGAACUCAUCUUUUAUACUAUUGACAAUGAUACAGAGCUGUCAGGGGGAUGGACUCACUGCAUUUCAGUCUUUGCAUCUCUUUCCUCCUCGAGUCCGUGGUCUGAGGGCUCAGAGGAGCCUCACCCCGUCUGUGUUGUGGAAACCUCCUGAUCACAGUGCUGUCUGUUCAAACGCUUGUUCAAUAAAAGUAAACCCAGCAGAA